ACGCGCGGCGCGGCGGAAAGAUGGCGGAGUCCGGUGGUGGCAGUGCCGCUGGUGGCGGUGGCUUUGGUGCGGGCCCGGGCCCCGAGCGCCCAAGCAGCACAGCCGACAAGAAUGGGGCCCUCAAAUGUACCUUCUCCGCACCUGGCCACAGCACCAGCCUCCUGCAGGGCCUUGCUGCCCUCCGUGCCCAGGGCCAGCUCUUGGAUGUUGCGCUCACCAUCAAUAGAGAGACCUUCCAUGCACACAAGGUGGUCCUGGCAGCCUGCAGUGACUAUUUCAGGGCCAUGUUUACUGGCGGCAUGAGGGAGGCAAACCAGAGUAUCAUUGAGCUGAAGGGUGUGUCGGCACGUGGCCUGCGGCACAUCAUUGACUUUGCCUACAGUGCUGAGGUGACACUGGACCUGGAUUGCGUUCAGGAUGUGCUGGGUGCUGCUGUGUUCCUGCAGACCCUACCUGUGGUGGAGCUGUGUGAGGAGUUCCUCAAGGCUGCUAUGAGCGUGGAGACCUGCCUCCAUAUUGGCCACAUGGCUACCACCUUCAGCCUGACCUCACUCAAGGAGUCUGUGGAUGCUUUCACCUUCCGGCACUUCCUGCAGAUUGCUGCUGAGGAGGACUUCCUACACCUGCCGCUGGAGCGCCUGGUCUUCUACCUGCAGAGCAACCGGCUACAGAGCUGUGCUGAGAUUGACCUGUUCCGUGCUGCUGUGCGCUGGCUGCAGCAUGAUCCAGCCCGGCGGCCACGCGCCAGCCAUGUGCUGUGCCAUAUUCGCUUCCCACUGAUGCAGUCGUCAGAGCUAGUAGACAGUGUGCAGACGCUGGACAUCAUGGUGGAAGACGUGCUGUGCCGCCAGUACUUGCUGGAGGCUUUCAACUACCAGGUGCUGCCCUUCCGGCAGCACGAGAUGCAGUCACCACGCACAGCUGUGCGCUCAGACAUCCCCUCGCUGGUGGCUUUUGGAGGCACACCCUACACCGAUAGUGACCGCUCUGUCAGCAGCAAGGUGUACCAGCUGUCUGAGCCAGGUGCUCGCCACUUCCGAGAACUCACCGAGAUGGAGGUGGGCUGCAGCCACACGUGUGUGGCCGUGCUAGACAACUUUGUGUAUGUGGCAGGUGGCCAGCAUCUGCAGUAUCGCAGUGGUGAGGGUGCAGUGGAUGCCUGCUAUCGCUAUGACCCACAUCUGAACCGCUGGCUGCGCCUGCAGGCUAUGCAGGAGAGCCGCAUCCAGUUCCAACUGAAUGUGCUGUGUGGCAUGGUGUAUGCCACGGGUGGCCGCAACCGGGCAGGUAGCCUGGCCUCAGUGGAGCGCUACUGCCCAAGGCGCAAUGAGUGGGGCUAUGCAUGCUCGCUGAAGCGCCGCACCUGGGGCCAUGCGGGUGCUGCAGCGGGGGGCCGUCUCUACAUCUCAGGUGGCUACGGUAUCUCAGUGGAGGACAAGAAGGCUUUGCACUGCUAUGACCCAACAGCCGAUCAGUGGGAGUUCAAGGCGCCCAUGAGUGAGCCCCGUGUGCUGCAUGCCAUGGUGGGAGCAGGUGGCCGCAUCUAUGCCCUGGGUGGCCGCAUGGACCACGUAGACCGCUGCUUUGACGUGCUGGCCGUGGAGUACUAUGUACCCGAGACAGACCAGUGGACAAGUGUGAGCCCCAUGAGGGCUGGCCAGUCGGAGGCUGGCUGUUGCCUGCUGGACCAGAAGAUUUACAUUGUGGGUGGCUAUAAUUGGCGACUCAACAACGUGACAGGCAUUGUGCAGGUGUACAACACUGAGACGGACGAGUGGGAGCGUGACCUGCACUUCCCCGAGUCCUUCGCAGGCAUUGCCUGUGCCCCUGUGCUGCUGCCCCGGGCUGGAACCCACAGGCCAGCACUGCUGUCUUAUAAAUGGAACUUGUACCCUCGGGGCAACUUAAAGAGGCUCCUUUGCUGCUAAUGGAAGAUGGAUGUUGUGCCUCUGUGACCUCCUCAAGGUGUAAAGAAUUAACCUCACACCUCAGCAGACUUCGUCUCCUAAGAUUUCCCUUUUAUUGAAUAAAAAUGAAAAAUAAAAUGUUAUGGUGAAAAGGUGCAGUGGACUCAGCGCUAAGCUAUGGGGCCUGAUGGGUCACAGAGUCAUUGUGUCUCCUGUGUUUGGGGGCUCUUCUUCCCCCUUGCCCUUUUCUAGCAUUGGAGAGUUGCUGGAAAGGGGGAGGUUCUUGUUCAAAAGUGUGGGGGCAGCAGGCAUUGUGGUCAGGACUUUCACAGGUUGCCUGGAGGCUUCAGGGAGACCCUUUCUAGGUCACUCCAUGGACUGGGGCCUCCUGCCAUCAGGCAGCCCCCAGCACUACCAGUUUUGUUUCCAUCUAGUCAGCUCCCAGGGUGCAAUGGUGGAGACAGGACAAUUUCUAAAGAAGCAUGAAGCCAGGCCCUUCUAUAGGAGGUAUAAGGGCUCGAAAACAGCCCCUGCUCUCAUGAUCUUCUGAGGGGUGGCUUCUGGGAUUACCUUCAGAAUGUACUCAUGGGCCUAAUGCCCCUGUGCAGUGGCCAUGAGGCCCCAGGGUGAGACCGGGUAUGGGAAUACAAUUUCUGAAAUUGUAAUUUGGUUGGGACCCAGGAAGGAGCCACACUUCUAGGGGCAUUGAAUCAAAAGCAACAGCCUUCAGGGAAUUACCAAAACAUUUCCACCCCUCCCCCCCAACCUGAGCUCCUCCUGAGAACCCUUCCCUUCUGGAGGCAUGGCCCCUUCAAGGGGGGCAGUGAGAAGUCUUUGCCAGCUGCUAGUCCCCAUCAACUCACACCUCAGAACAUCUUGUCCCCAGUGAGCUGGCAGGGGUGCUGGUGGGGCGGGGGAUGCGGUAUCUAACUCGGGUGAUUGUGCAUAACCGUCUGGGCUGGUGCAUGGAAUGUUCUCAGGGCCCCCACCCUCCCUGUUCUUCAGUAUCCCCCCCAAGAAAGGAAAAUUAUUUUUCAUGUUGUAAACUUUAAACACGAAAAAGCUGUUUUUAAUUUAGCAGAAACUGGCUUGGAUCUUUGUGAUGUUUGUG